UUUUUUUUCUUCUUCUUCUUCUUCUUCUCAUCUCUUUCUCUCAUCCUUUUCAUCCUUUUUAUUUCUUCUUGCACUCUUUUGUCCUUCCUUUCUUUCAUCAUUCAUCUCACUUUUCUCUUCUUCUCUCUUCCUCUCUUUUCUCAUUUCAAUCUGACCUGCAAUGCAAGAGAUUGAGGUCCCGCCCAGGGAUGUUUUCCAACACUAUGUCCACAUUGACCAGGCUGAUAAGACACUUGUCUGGUGGUUCUCUACAAAGAGAAAGAACAUUUCUUUUGGCCUCUUCUUCCGCAAAUCUGCUCCUCCCCAGUUAAAAUCAAAUACCCUUGCCCCUUCCAUCACCAGCAUCAAUACUUCGCCCCCAAGGGCAGAGUCCGUCCAUUCCAAGCAGCAUUCUCAGCAUUCUCCCGGUGGUAGCUACAAUGGACACUAUACCAAGGAUGGUAUCCUCUCGACCUCACCUACAAAGUCCUGCCGCGCCAGCAAUUAUGCCUCCAGCAGAGCCUCGAUCGAUACCACCAGUGAUGAUGAAGAAAGUACUGAAUUGGCCGAUGGCUUGGGCACAAACCAGCAAAACCCGAGCCAGUCGUCCCUUCCACCAGGCUCGCAGCCUUCUGUCCGCAGAAAGAAGACUGUGGCCAAGUUCAAGGACCCAGAGCUGAUCGAGAUCAUGCCCAUCCAACAUUACGAAUCAAGCUCCGGCACCAUUCGUGGAGAAUUCACUGUCAAGGAAGAGGGUAGCUACGUCCUUGUCUUUGACAAUUCCUUCUCAAUCAAUACUUCGAAGCGUCUGACUUUCUUUGUGGCGCUGGAGGAGCGCAGUAGAAAACCCGUAGCACAACCCACCUCAGAAAUGUCAGGUUGGAUGCUCAAGAAAAAACGCAAACGCAUGCAAGGUUGGGCGAAGCGCUGGUUCCAAAUCGAUAAUGGCGUCCUCUCCUAUUACAAGGCACCCGAUAGCCCUUGCCGUGGCAAGGUCCACCUUGUUCUCUCCACAGUGACCGUUAGUCAGGCCUCUAACAUGAUCCAUAUUGACUCUGGUACAAUGCUCUACCAUCUCAAGGCUCUUUCCGUCGAGGAUUACAACGCAUGGAUCAGCGUCAUGAAAGCCAUCAAGAAUUCUGACAAGGCUGCUCAUGACACGGUCCAUCGCAUGAUCCAGCGCGAGUCUUCAGUCAAGAGAGCUCAGCUGCGUAAUAGUUGGAUCGGAAGCAACAACGAACUGGAUCAGCUCAAAGAAAUCAUGUCGUCCAUGGACGCUGGCUUCCUUGACAUUAAGGAGCAGCUCGAAUCAAUCCGUCCUCAUACAGAAACUCCUCCUCCCAACAGUGGCUCGUCCCAGAAAUCCACUCGCGAGCGUCAGAUGUCUGUCGACAGCAACAACAGCAACCCCAAUAAUAGCAACAAUCCCAACAACAACAACAACAAGUUCAAAAUUAGUAAAUUUGGUUUCUCAUCUGGCCUGCAGCGAACUACGAGCGAUGGCAGCCUUGCAUCAACGCAGUCAUCAAUCGAAAGUAUUCAUGCGAAACUUUUAGCAUCUUUUGCUAAACUCAGCUCGGAUAAAGAAAAGGCAUUCGAGAUCAUGCGUUCCGAAAUCCAAAAGUGGGAGAAAAACGAGAAACAUUUCCGUCUGUUGCUCACUGAGAAUGAGAAUCUCUCGACAACUCGCACAGGUGAAAAGUCUUCGCUCGCGCGGCACGCGCUCGAGGAAGCCUACAUUGCCCGCAACUCUAUGGCCUCAGAGCGUACUCAUUCAUUCACUUCCUCCAUCCACACAGGAUCCGACGACAUCUUUUACGAUGCUGAUGACACUGUUUUGACUGCAGAUCUGUCAUCAGCAGACUUAUCGGACCUUGAAGGGGCUGGCUUUGAUGAUCAUGAUGAUGAUAAUGAUAACUCAAGUGAUGACGAAUCAGCAGAGGAGCCCGCAAAAGAACCACAGCCCGAAGAGGUGAAGGCACCACAGCCUACAGUGUCUAGCAAUGACCCUCUGUCCGAAGGUCCUAUUGUCCGUCGGUCAGUACUUCCUGCGCCAGUAUCUGGAGAAGACAUCUCGUUGCUUUCGAUUUUAAGAAAGAAUGUGGGCAAGGAUCUAUCGACCGUAGCCAUGCCCGUCUCGUUGAAUGAACCUAUCAAUGUUUUGCAAAGAUUAUGUGAAGAGCUGGAGUAUAGCGAAUUGCUGGACAAGGCUGCUGGACUCUCCGAUAGCUUGGAUCGACUAGUAUAUGUUUCUGCAUUUGCUGUGAGUGGAUACGCCACUACCCAGUGGCGUGCUGCCCGUAAGCCCUUCAAUCCUCUUCAUGGAGAGACAUUUGAAUAUGUUUGCCCCGAGAAGGGCUUUAAAUUCAUUUCAGAAAAGGUUAGCCACUACCCACCUAUCAUGGCUUGUCAUGCUGAUUCUGUGAAUGGUUGGACCUUGGCAAUGGAUUCGAGAGCAAAGACCAAGUUCUGGGGCAAGUCUAUGGAGCUCAUGCCCAACGGCACGAUUCAUAUUCACUUCCAAAAGACUGGAGACCAUUUCACGAUCCACAAGCCAUCAACAUGGAUGCGUAACCUGAUGGCCGGUACCAAAUAUCUGGAACAUACAGGAGAUCUCAAAGUAGUCAACCAUGCAACCCGCGAAACCUGUGUAUUGACUUUUAAGGAAUCUAGCUUCUUUGCUGGUACCAAGAAUGAGGUUGUCGGUAGUGUGAUGGAUGCAAGCGGAGCCAAGAAGCGCUCCUUGCAAGGAAAGUGGAAUGAAUCCUUGAUGGAGGAACUCGGACCCAACAAAUUCGAACGUCUGUGGAAGGUCAACAACCCACCACCCAACCAUGAGAAAUACUAUGGCUUCACAGAGUUCACCAUUCACUUGAACGAGAUGACCAAGGGAUUGGAGGCCAAGUUGCCAAAGACAGAUACACGUUUCCGUCCAGAUCAGUCGUUGUUUGAGCGUGGUCUGGUGGAGGAAGCAGACAAGGAGAAGUUGCGUGUGGAACAAAAACAGCGCGAUCUACGCAAGACGAUGGAGGCUAACGGAGAGCCAUGGGUGGUACGCUGGUUUGAGAAGCGUCCUGAUCCACAGACAGAUGACCCUGAGGGCCAGACCUGGCAUUACAAGGGCGGUUACUGGGAGACCCGUGAGACUGGCCAGUGGAACGAGCCAGUUACUCUUUGGUAGUGCAGCUGUAAACCGAUUUUGUC